AUGGAGAACGGAGCGGUCUACAGAUCCACCACCGAGGCGCACCCGGGCCCCGCCAGAGGCGCCCGGAGCGGCCUCGUCGCCUCCUUCACCCUGCGCCGGCUCAAGAAGGCCCAGCUAAUCAUCAAACUCCUUCACCUGGUGCUGUCUCUGUUGGCCUUUAUCUGUGAGGAAGUUGUGUCACAAUGUACCUUGUGUGGAGGCCUUUACUUUUUCGAAUUUGUAAGCUGCAGUGCCUUUCUGCUGAGUCUCCUUAUGCUGAUUGUGUACUGCACUCCAGUUUAUGAAAAAGUUGAUCUCGCAAAAGUCAAGUCAUCGGAUUUUUAUAUUACUGUGGGAACAGGAUUGGUGUUUUUGGUGGCAUCCAUCUUUUUCGCUUUGACACAUGACAGUACCCCAGCUGAACUUGCUGCAAUUGUGUUUGGAUUUCUAGCAAGUUUUGUGUUCCUGUCUGACUUUUUCUUUAUGGUCUAUGAAAAACGUAAGGAGCCCCGGCCAAGAAAACCUGAGGCUACUGUUAGUGAACCACUUAACGCUUAG